ACCGACUAAGUAUUAACCUUGCGAAAAAAGAAUUAUAGAAGCUAUUAUAGACGGAGGACCUCCACCGUUAAUUACCUGACUAAAAUUUAAAGAGAGAAUUUGUCCUGGCACGGAAAUACAAGAACUAGUCUCUGUUCCACUACCAUUACCAACCAAUCCAUCGCUAUUCGCUCAUCAUUUUUCUCCCCACUUUAAUCUCUUCCUCAUCUCCUCCUUACCCUUCAAAUGGCAUCGGCGACUCUUUUCACUCUUCCAUGGAGGCUCUCCCAGAUUUCACCUUCAACUUUCUCAACCCCAUCCCCACCUAUAAUUCUCACUUCCAAAUCCAGUGCCAGAUCUUUCACUGCUCUCUGCACCAAGGCCAUCAUUUCCGACCUUCCUAAUCAGACGCAUCCUUACCCCAAAGUCGGUGCCCUCUCAACUGGACCCAUUCCGCCUUCUCAGCUCAUUCAAGUCGUUGAGUUCGCUGCCAAGACUGGCGCUGAGGUCGUCAUGGAAGCUGUUAACAAGCCUCGGAGUAUCACUUAUAAAGGACUAACUGACUUAGUAACUGACACAGACAAAAACAGUGAGGCUGCAAUUUUAGAAGUUGUGAAAAAAAACUUUGGAGAUCACCUUAUUCUUGGGGAGGAGGGUGGAAUUAUAGGAGAUACAGCUUCUGAUUAUCUUUGGUGCAUUGAUCCUUUAGAUGGCACAACAAAUUUCGCACACUGUUAUCCUAGCUUUGCAGUUUCCGUGGGUGUCUUGUUUCGAGGAAAACCUGUUGCUGCUUCUGUGGUGGAAUUUGUUGGGGGUCCUAUGUGUUGGAAUACCCGCCAAUUUUCUGCUACUGCUGGUGGUGGAGCAUUUUGUAAUGGGCAAAAGGUGCAUGUGAGCCAAUCAGAUCAGGUGGAGCGAUCUCUUCUUGUAACUGGGUUUGGUUAUGAGCACGAUGAAGCAUGGGCCACCAACAUUGAAUUAUUUAAAGAAUUCACUGACAUCAGCAGGGGUGUAAGAAGACUUGGUGCUGCUGCAGUAGACAUGUGCCAUGUAGCUCUAGGAAUUGUGGAAGCAUACUGGGAAUAUCGUCUGAAGCCAUGGGAUAUGGCUGCUGGUGUUUUGAUAGUUGAAGAAGCUGGAGGAGCAGUAACUUGUAUGGAUGGUGGAAAGUUUAGCGUAUUUGAUAGAUCUGUUUUGGUAUCCAACGGUGCAUUGCAUGGCAAGCUUCUGGAAAGGAUUGCCCCAGCUACAGAGAAACUCAAGAGUAAAAAUAUCGAUUUCUCCUUGUGGUACAAGCCUGAUAACUACCUCACAGAACUUUGAUGUGGCUGAGAGCACGGUAGUAGUUUUCCCGGCACGAUGGGUUUUCUUUUGACAAAUAACUGGAGCCAAUGGCUGUUUUCUUAGCGUUCACUUCACAAUGCCCUCAAAUUCUCAAGAGCCAAUGUAUAUUUAUUACAAUGUAACCUGUAAUUGUGCUGUAUAUAUAUAUAUAAUACAAUGUAUAUAUAUUAAUCAUAUUCUCUUGUUUUCAAUGUAACAGAUGAUGGCGACUCUAGAAUCAAAAUGUGAACAUUCAUGAUGACUAGACAAAAUAAGGAAGACCUCGUUAGACCAGGUUUAGACCUCGUUCGGACUAAAUAAGGACCUUGUUCGGAGUAAAUCAAUUCGGAUAUAAUUCGUACCUUUUUUUUUUUUUUUUUUUAAUAUAUAAUUCGUACCUCAUUGAGACUAAA